UCCCCAUGACCAUGGACUCCUCCAAACGCUCAGCCCUCCUCCUAACCUUCAUGCUCUUUAUUUCCUCCCUUACUCCCAUUGUUGGCUGUGGCCGUUGCCCAUACCCCCCCACCACCAAGCCCAAGCCUCCCAAGUCCAAGCCCCCCAAAGCUAAGCCCCCCAAAGCCAAGCCCCCUAUCAUCGUCAAACCUCCCAUCACCCACCCCCCCAUCAUCGUCAAACCUCCCAUCACCCACCCCCCCAUCAUCGUCAAACCUCCCAUCACCGUCCCCCCGGUCAUCGGAUAUCCACCCAUCACUGUCCCCCCGGUAGUCGGGCGUCCUCCCACCACUCCCCCGGGGACUGGAAACACGCCGUGCCCUCCUCCACCAUCACCACCACCUCCGGCACCGGCGACAUGCCCGGUGGACUCCCUUAAGCUCGGCGCUUGCGUCGACCUGCUCGGUGGGCUGGUGCACAUUGGCAUCGGCGACCCGGUCGUCAACCAGUGCUGCCCGCUGCUCCAAGGCCUCGUGGAGAUCGAGGCUGCUGUGUGCUUGUGCACCACCAUUAAGCUCAAGCUGCUCAACAUUAAUAUCUACCUCCCACUGGCGCUCCAGCUCCUUCUCACCUGUGGCAAGACUCCUCCUCCUGGUUACACUUGCACCAUUUAAACAGGGAGUGGUUGGGGUGUUCCCCAUGGCUAACGAGUAGAAGAGAUUUGCUUGUUUGAUAGGUGACGAGACAUAAGAGGAUAUCAAGUUCGACGUCGCUGAUGUUCUCCUGCUAUUUUUAUGUACACUAGUUUGUGUUGUUCAAUUUAUCAAGACAAUCUGUCUCAUUGUUUUCCUCUCGAAAGCAAAUGUAGUUUGUUUUGAUUUUUGGAGUGGAUGUCUUUACUUCUAUGCA